CGGAGCGCCAUUUUGUUGUCUCCAUUGUUUUAUGCAGGGUGGGACAGGUCAGCUGAACGGCAGUGUCACUGAUCAGACAGCACAGCUCAGCUGCAGUACGGACGGUGUCACUGAUCAGACAGUACAGCUCAGCUGCAGUACGGACGGUGUCUCUUCUGGGGCAGUACAUCUGGAACAGCUGAGCUGAUCGCACAGUACGGCAGUGUCGCUGAUCGCACCGUACGGCAGUGUCGCUGAUCGCACAGUACGGCGUGGAACACUGUGGAGUUGAUCGGGCAGUGGAACAGCUGAGCUGAACGGAGUGGAACAGUUGAGCUGAAUAGUGCAAAGGGCACAGCGCAUCACAGCGGAUCCUAGAAAUAAAUGGCUUUUACAAUGAAGGAGGCCAAGGAGACCCUGAAGGCUCUGGAGCACCAGUGCAAUCUCCUGACACGGCAACAAGUGACGUUCAUCACCGCCCUGGAGCGCGUGCGCGAAAAUGCGCAUGACAGGAUCAAACCUGUGAGCAAUCUGGCGCAGGUACAAAGCUACUUGGAUUACAAUUGUAACAACAGCACAGACCGGGGGAUCAUCUCCCUGUUCCUUGAGGUCUGCAAAAACCUGGGAGAUUUCUGUGUGAAGCUGGACGCCCUGCAGACCGAGACCAGGUCAGCGGGGGACAUCAUCCAAAUCACCAUGAAAAUGCUGAGUCCGACAUAUGACCUGACCGAGCUGAGAGCCAAGUAUCCUCACGAUGCUCUUAACCACCUCAGUUGUGAUGAAGCAUUAAACUUUUAUGGUGGAAUUAUAAGCCUUAUUCCCGUUGUUCUGGCGAACGUUCGAGAAGCCGUGUCUAGGUUGGCGAAACUGCAUCCCCUAGAAGAAGGAAGCAGCGGCAGACAUUAUACUGAGGAUAACGCUGGAGGGUACAGCCACACACAAAGCACUGGGUCUCAGACCAAAGUCACCCAGGCAGAUUCAUCUUUCUAGGCAUGAAACAAAGCGAGAUACCAUGUCGGGGCCUCAAAACCAGCAUGGAGGCCUGCAGGACGGCUCCAUUCCACUUAAAUAUCUGUGAACCCCACUUCAUGUGUAAUGUAAUACUGGAUUGAGCAUCCUUUACUGUAGUUACAUCUCACAUUCCCCCAAUGAUAGUCCUCCCUCUGGUCUUCGUCAUUUCAUAGAAGUAGCUGCAGUGUAAAGAAUGGAGAUUUUCAGUUUGUGUGUACGGAUUAUGUAUUUGGUAUAUUUUUCAUUGUAAUAGCGUUCACCAACCAAAGUGCCUCCAGCUGUUGCAAAACUACAACUCCCAGCAAGCCCGGACAGCCUCUGGCUGUCCGGGCUUGCUGGGAGUUGUAGUUUUGCAACAGCUGGAGGCGCACUGGGAAAAAAAAACACUGCUAUAUAGUACAUUAAUAAAAAUCUAUAUAGACAUGCACACGUGUAUAUAGAUUUACUCAAUUCCCAGUAACGCCAGACUGAAGAAAUGUGACUGUACUUUGCUGUGUGUAACAAAAUUAGGAUUUACCAAUGACUAAUGUGAUAAAUGUAAUAAACUUAGGAUUUACCACUAAUAACAAAUAA